UCCUCUUUGUUUAGUACACGAAUCUCCCUCCGGUUGAAGUUCCGAUAGUGUCGUUUUCCGUCGCUCUUUUUGGCUUCCCCAAUCCUUGAAUCUUGCAAAUUGCAAUUGCUUAUCUCAUUGACAAAUGACAAUGCUCCUGAAUUCUCUCUCUCCCUUUCUCCCCGUACCCCUAAAAUUCUUUUUAUUUCCAAUAGAACCCCACACCAGAAAAAAGAGUUCAAAAGCAGACCAACUGCCCACAGCUCCCAAACCCUUUCCUCUCACAGCCUCGCAUCUUCCAAUUCCUCAACAGAUGAGCGGCCACCCACCAUCAACAAGAAUCCUUAGGGGUCCGUUUGAACCGCGUUUUCUACUGAAUUUUGCCAUAAAAGAGGAAUCUUUGGCUAAAUUUCUGGGUAUAAACACACAUGCAAUUACAUAUUUAAUGUGAUUAUCCUACCAUGCCAAAGAACAGGAACAACUUGACAUAGUGAAGGAUUUGAGUGGUUGAAAAAAAUACCGUACAAAUGGGUGGUUGCUGUUGUUCUUCCAGAAAACCUCAGCUACAUGGAACACCUGUGUAUUACUAUUGUCGUCCAGUUUUGGAAGAGCAAGAGUCCUUGACGUCUCAUGAUAGUGCAGCCACAGUGCUCCCUACAGGAUUCCUGGUUGAUCUGAAUUUGGACAUGUCAACUCCUGACACUUACAGACCCCCUCCUGCACCUAUCCCAUAUGAUGCAGUUAUGGGACAUCCAGAAUCAAUAGAGUCUGAGUCCCCAAGAGAAACUUUUGAUGGCAGUGGUUAUGAAAAUUUUUCAACAUAUUUGGAUCUUAGGGAGUCAGGCUAUAGAACUGGAACAGCUGUCAUUCUCCCCUCACGAAAGAAGUUUGAACUAGAACUUAAUGAGCCAGCAUCAGAAGAAGAGGAUGUCUGUCCUACUUGUCUCGAAGAAUAUGAUACAGAGAAUCCAAAGAUUAUCGCCAAAUGUAAACAUCAUUUCCAUCUUUCAUGCAUUCUUGAGUGGAUGGAAAGAAGUGACACCUGCCCCAUAUGUGACCAGGAAAUGAUAUAUGAAGCUGUUUAAUAUUAUCAAGAUGGAGCUUCUCGGUUCUUCAAAGCAGAAGCUUAGCUUGACCAGGAAUGAUUGUAAAUAGUGAAGGCUAACGGCCACAAAAUUCAUUUCUAGUUUGUUGGCAAUUAUUUGUUGGGGUUGGUCUGUAUAUUAAUGUAUGUUCUUUGGGUGGUUCAAUCUUUCUGGCUAGCUUAAAAGCUAGGGGGAAAGAACCCAGAGUCCCCCAAAAAGGCGAUAAAACCAUCUAUUGGGCUGCAGUGAUUCCGCUCUGCUGUUUGAACUUUGAACCUUGUCUGUAUAUUCUCAGAUGGAUUGACAUGUUAAAGGUUGAAGAAUCUCCCAGUGAGAGUCUUCCAAGAGAGCUAAAUGCAAGGCUGGAUCAUCAACCAUCUCAAGAAGGUAUGGUUGGUUCUACACUCUUUGUUGCGAUGAUUUUCCUUGGUUUCCGCUUGCGCAGAUCCUCCUGUUCCCUGCAAUGUACAUGCCUUGCCCUGCGUCCAUUUGUUCAUCUGUUUUCUUGCCUCAAAAAGGAUUUGAGACCAUCAAACCUCGGCAUUUGCCAAUACCAAUGUAUAGUGUUUUUUCCAGGAAAGCCAGAUAUAUGGAUGGAUUCCUCUGUUCACAAAGACUUUCUCUUUUGCGACAAUCAAUUUUAUACGUACUCUUACGCUUGUUUUUUCA